GGUCUGGAUUUGAGUGAAGAAGAGCACGAUCUUCGGGACGUGGAGGAGGUGUGAUCAUGGAAACAGAUUUGAUCCAGAUGCCUGAGAAAAGAGCUCUUUCUUCCCAGAAUUCUUCCCAAGAGAAGAACACGGAAGAGGGAGAAGAGGCAGCCUUGCGUCUCACAGCCAGAUCCCAGGAAACGGUGACAUUCAAGGAUGUGGCCAUGGACUUUACGCCAGAGGAGUGGAGGAUGCUGGAUCCUGCACAAAGGGAUGUGAUGCUGGAGAACUAUAGGAACCUAGUCUCACUUUGGCUUCCAGUUUCCAAACCUGAGAACUAUAAUUUGGACAAUGGAAAGGAACCAUUGAAGUUUGAGAGAAAAGCCCCUAAACGCAACUACUCAGACAUGGAGACUAUACCUGAGAGCAAAGAUUCAACUUCAGUACAAGAUUUUUCCAAAGAAGAGUCAUGUCAGGAUGUAAUAAUGGACAGAUUAACAAGAAAUAGCAUCUAUGAUUCCACCUUGGAAACAGCUCUUGAAUGUGAAAAUUGGUUAGAGAAUCAGCAAGGAAAUCAGGAGAGACACUUGAGAGAAAUGUUCACCCAUAUGAAUUCACUUGCUGAGGAAAGAAAUCAUGAGCAUGAUAUAUAUUGGAAAAACUUCAGUCAAAAGUCUGUCCAUAUCACUCAGGACAGAGUGCCCAGAGGAUCCUAUUCAUUUCAUACACUGGGUAAAAGACUGAAGCAGAAGUCAAGCUUAAUGAAAAAGCAGAGAACUUAUAAAGAGAAAAAACUUCAUAAAUGUAAUGAUUGUGGUGAAUUCUUCACUUACCAUUCAGUGCUUAUUCGACACCAGAGAGUCCAUACUGGAGAGAAACCCUAUACCUGCAAUGAAUGUGGGAAAUCUUUUAGCCACAGAGCUAAUUUAACUAAACACCAGAGAACUCAUAAUAGAGUUCUAUUUGAGUGUAGUGAAUGCAAGAAAACCUUUACAGAAAGCUCAUCCCUUGCAGUACAUCAGAGAAUUCACAUUGGAGAGAGACCUUAUGAAUGCGGUGAAUGUGGGAAAGGUUUUAAUCGAAGUACACAUCUUGUGCAGCAUCAGUUGAUUCAUACUGGAGUAAAGCCUUAUGAAUGCAAUGAAUGUGAUAAAGCUUUCAUUCAUUCAUCAGCACUUAUUAAACAUCAAAGAACUCAUACUGGAGAGAAACCUUAUAAAUGUCUAGAAUGUGGGAAAGCUUUUAGCCAUUGUUCAUCCCUUACCAAGCAUCAGAGAGUUCAUACUGGAGAAAAGCCAUAUGAGUGUAGUGAGUGUGGAAAAACCUUUAGUCAGAGCACACACCUUGUUCAGCAUCAGAGAAUUCAUACUGGAGAAAAACCCUACGAGUGCAGUGAAUGUGGGAAAACUUUUAGCCGGAGCUCAAAUUUUGCUAAACAUCAAAGAAUUCAUAUUGGAAAGAAACCCUACAAAUGCAAUGAGUGUGAAAAAGCCUUCAUUCAUUCAUCAGCCCUUAUUCAGCACCAGAGAACUCAUACUGGAGAGAAACCUUUUAGAUGUACUGAUUGUGGGAAAAGUUUUAAGUGUAGUUCAUCCCUCAUCAGACAUCAAAAAAUUCACACUGAAGAGCACACCCUGGACAUCUCCCAGGGUGUGCCUUACACAGACAUUUUGGACCCUGAAAUGAAGCCAGCUCAUGGCUGCUCCAAGUCAUGGGAUCAGGUAGCUGUAUCCCAAAAUAGCCAGUCAAUCACCAUCUCCUGGGAAUAUUUGGACUGGACUCACUCACCAGCUGCUGCAGUCCACAGCAUCCACUGCUCUGCUGUACUGGUACAUUACCCUGUCAAGACCUUCAGGGUCCUCCACAAUCACUGCAUCUCUGUAUAUUCAAGUCUCUUCUCUCAUGCCACAAGCCAGGAGCGCACUGCGUGCCUGGAGACGGCCGGCCAAGCCCGCGCCAUGGCUGGAAGAGUUCCCGCCCUGCUCUGCGAGCGCCCUCAGUCGUCCUCAGUGCGGCCGCCAGAUAUAGCCUUGCAAGACUCUACACUUGCUAGAGAUGAGAACGCAGAGGCAAAGAUUAUGGCUGCUGUGACUCUUUCAGUUGGCCCUCUGAGCCCUGAAGUUACCCAGCCAUGUGAAGAUCUACAUCUUCAAGCUGAAGAAACAGAAUUGGUGAAGGAAUCAGUGACAUUUAAAGAUGUGGCUAUAGACUUUACCUUGGAGGAAUGGAGGUUGAUGGACCCUACACAGAAGAAACUGCAUGAGGAUGUGAUGCUAGAGAAUUACAGAAAUCUGGUCUCCCUGGGGCUUGCAGUUUCUAAACCAGAUAUGAUACAUCAUUUGGAGAAUGGAAAAGGACCAUGGACAAUAGUGAGAGAAAUUUCGAGAACCCCCUACCCAGACUUGGAGACCAAACCUACAACCAAAAAUGCUGUGCUAACAAAAGGUAUUUUUGAAGGUUUAUCACAGGAAAUUAGAGUAGAGAAACUCAGAAAAAAUGGUCUAUGGGAUUCCACAAUGGGAGGUUUAUGGGAGUGGAGUGACAGAAUUUUGGGAUGGCAAAAUACACAGGAGAGUUAUUUGAGUCAAAGAAUGGUAAGACAUAAGAAAACUCCCUCAAGGCAAAGAGGGUUUGGAUUUGAAUCUGCUCUAUUUUCAGAACCAGGAAUUAUUACAGAAGAGUCCCAUGGAAAAUGCCGAAUACAUGAAGAACAUUUCACAGAGAGUUUAGAUUUGAUUGCAGAUACUCAUUUAAGUAAGAUAAUUUAUAAGAAUACAGAAGGUAACACAACUCUAAGGCACAUUUCAGAACUUACUUUGGGGAAAACAGCUAAUGAUAAAGAAAAACCCUAUAAAUGUAAUACAUGUGAAAAGGCCUUUCGUUAUAGGUCAUUACUCAUUCAACAUCAGAGAACUCACACUAAAGAAAAACCUUAUGAAUGUAAUGAAUGUGGGAAAACAUUCAGCCAGUCUUCAUAUCUUAGUCAGCAUCAAAAAAUUCACACAGGAGAAAAACCCUAUAAAUGUAAUGAAUGUGGAAAAGCCUUCAUUGCUUCUUCAUCACUUAUGGUACAUCAGAGAAUUCAUACUAAGGAGAAACCUUAUCAGUGCAAUGUCUGUGGAAAAUCCUUUAGUCAGUGUGCCCGCCUUAAUCAGCACCAGCGAAUUCAAACUGGAGAGAAACCCUAUAAGUGUAGUAAAUGUGGGAAAGCUUUUAGUGAUAAAUCAAAACUUGCAAGACAUCAGGAAACUCACAAUGGUGAGAAACCUUACAAGUGUAAUGACUGUGGGAAAGCUUUUAGGAAUAAAUCAUAUCUUAGUGUACAUCAGAAAACCCAUACUGAAGAGAAACCAUACCAAUGCAUUGAGUGUGGGAAAUCUUUCAAGAAUACCACAAUUUUUAAUGUUCAUCAGAGAAUUCAUACUGGAGAGAAACCCUUUAGAUGUAAUGAAUGUGGAAAAGCCUACAGAAGUAAUUCAAGCCUUAUUGUACAUAUCAGAACUCAUACGGGAGAAAAACCCUAUGAAUGUAAUGAAUGUGGGAAAGCAUUCAACCGUAUAGCAAACUUCACAGAACAUCAGAGAAUUCAUACAGGAGAGAAACCUUAUAAAUGUAAUGAAUGUGGAAAAGCAUUUAUUAAUUAUUCGUGCCUUAUUGUACACCACAGAGUGCAUACAGGAGAGAAACCCUAUAAAUGUAAUGAAUGUGGAAAAGCCUUCAUGCGUUCUUCAUCUCUAAUCAUACAUCAGCGUAUUCAUACUGAAGAGAAACCUUAUUCAUGUAAUGAAUGUGGGGAAUCCUUCAGAAUAAAAUCACACUUAACUGUACAUCAGAGGAUCCAUACUGGGGAGAAGCCCUAUAAAUGCACUGAUUGUGAAAAAGCAUUCACUAAAAUGGUAAAUCUCAAGGAGCAUCAGAAAAUUCAUACUGGAGUGAAACCCUAUACAUGUUAUGAUUGUGGGAAGUCCUUUAGGACUAAAUCAUACCUUAUUGUGCAUCAGCGAACACAUACUGGAGAAAAACCGUAUAAAUGUAAUGAAUGUGAAAAAGCUUUCACUAAUACAUCACAGCUCACUGUGCAUCAAAGAAGGCACACGGGAGAGAAACCCUACAAGUGUAAUAAGUGUGGGAAGGUUUUUACAAGUAACUCUGGCUUCAAUACCCAUCAGCGAACACAUACUGGAGAAAAACCAUUCAAAUGUAAUGAGUGUGGGAAAGCAUUUAGCCAGAUGGUGCAUGUCACAGAACAUCAGAAAAUUCAUAGUGGAGAAAAGCCCUAUAAAUGUGAUGUCUGUGGGAAAGCCUUCAGGCGAGGUUCAUAUCUCGCUGUGCAUUGGAGAACACAUACUGGAGAAAAGCCCUAUACCUGUAAGGAAUGUGGAAAAGGUUGUAUUACUCUAUCACAGCUGACUCUACAUCAGAGAAUCCAUACUGGAGAGAGACCCUAUAAAUGUGAAAAAUGUGGAAAAGCCUUCAGAACUAAUUCAGACUUCACUGUACACCUGAGAAUGCAUACUGGAGAAAAACCCUAUAAAUGUAAUGAAUGUGGAAAAGCCUUCAGGAGUGGCUCAAGCCUUACUGUACAUCAAAGAACACACCAGAGAGACACUCAGUUAGUGUAGAGAAUAGUAAGUCAUUUACCCAGGUAUCAACUGCAUAGGACUCCUAUAAGCUUAGUUUUAUGAAUAUAGGAAAAUCUUCAGUAAAAAUUCACUGGAAAUUAUGCAUUUAAGAGACACUAUAAAUAUAAUGAAUUUGGAAAAGCAUUUACUUAUAUUUUGAAAUUACAGGAUAAUUCACACUAAAGAAAUAUAAUCCACAAAUGAAAACCUUCAUCUGGAUGUCAUACUUUGCUCAUUGAACAUAUUAUCUAAAAUUGUCUAUCCAUAUAUUUGUGAAUUUUUUCUUUGUCAGCUUUUUCUUAUAAAUAUGGAGGUGCUUUUAUUUUUUUUGACAUCAGACCUUUAUCAUGUAUAUAACAAAUUUUUUUCCUUAAUCUAGCCUGUCUACACUUUUUAUAUAUUAGUCACAACAUUUAAAUUUUUAUACUAAAAUAUAUCUUUUUAGGUUCUUGAUUUACUUUUUUAAUUAAAAGGCAUAUCCUUAAUCUCUAGGAUUAAGAUAUGUAUUUGUUAUGAAAAUUUUGGUUAUUUUUUACUUUAGGUCUUUAAUCCAUCUGGGUUGAAUGGCUGUUCACAGAAGAGCUACUCUAAAUGGCUAUUAACCUAUUCAAAAAUUUAAACCUAAAUAUUACUCAGGGAGAUGCAGAUUUAAAUUAAUGACAUCAAACUUUCAUUUCAUGUGGAUUGAAAGAAAUUAAUCCCUUCCUUACUAUGGGGUUUGGUAAACCAUGUAUUUUAAACUUAAAGAUUGUGUAACUCAUUUGUCUACCAGUAAUCCAGCACCGCAUAUUAUCUUAAAUGCUGUUUGACCCAGCAUUUAAGUUAGAGUAACAUGUUUUUAUUUUAUAACCCAGCAUUUAAGUUAGAAUAACAUGUUUUUAUUUUAUAUGACAUAAAAAUGUCGUAAAAUAAAAGCAUCGUCAAUGCAAAAGCAUACAGAUAAAUAAGGAUAUUUGUUAGAUUAUUCUUUUUAUAUGUGGGAAAAAGAAUUCCCAAAUGGAAACAAAGGCAGUCUCAAUCAAUAGGGAAAUGCUUGGAUAAAUUGUGUUACAGCAAUAUUUUAGAACAGCCUGAGAAUUUUCAAAAUCAGUUAUAUCAUACUAAUUGACUUAAAGGUUUUUUAAAAGUAGCUUGAUAAAUUAUUGCUUUGUAACAGAUGUGUAUAUAUAUAGUUUCAUUUGUGUUAAAGCGUUAUGUUUAUUAUGUAUAUGUGUGUUUGUGUGAUUAGAUGUGCAUGAAGACAGGCAUGAAAAAAUGUAUACCAGGCUGUCAAUACUGGUUACCUUCAGAAGAGUGGAAAAAAAACAUGAGGUUAGAAGAAACUUUAAAAUAGAAAAAUGUAAAUGUAGCAUGUAUGGUAUAAAACUCUAUAUGUAAUAUUAUGUAUUUAUGUGAACAUUUCAGAGAGAUGAAUGAAAAGAUGUUCUCCAAAAAGUUAGUGAUGGUAGAUGAUCAGAUAUUGUUGGACUUUUUGUGCUUUUUCUUUACAAUGUACAUGUAAUAUUUACAUAAAA